UGUGCUUGUGUGCGUUGCAUUUUUUAUAUGUGUUACUAAUUUUACCGCGUUCACGUGGUAGAAUCCAUUCAUUAAAACAAUAUUCGUGCCUCGAGUGGACGCAUGUUUAAACGGCUAGCUCGAUUAUUUUAUGUUGUUGUUUUCGUAAUUAAAUUCGCGAAUGCCAUAUUUUCCGACCACAAAGAUGUGAGUGCUCCGUGCGGCCAUUGACAAUGACAUUAGUGAUCUGUGUCGCGUGUGCGCGGGAAAUUCAAAAUAGUUCCCAAAGAAUGUAGACCGUGCGUCGUGUAAUUUUUUGCAUGGAAUGCAAUUGAUACUUGUGACUCUUGUGAGUGAUGUUAAGUGAAAGUCGUAUCGAGUGGACCUGUUGACAUUGCCGAACUGUGAAAACGUUGUGUACAGCCUUGUAUUAUUGCCAAUACAACUCGUUAGCGAUGAAUUUAUAAAACCUCUUCCGGCAUACCUACACGUUGUUCUUGAAUCUUGAUAUAAAAUAAUCAAUUGAACAGGUAAACAAUGUCGUUCACAAUGAAAGAAGGUGGUUUCGGCGUGGGGGACUAUGUGGCGUUUGGAGUCCUGUGCGCAUCAUCCUGCGCCGGUGGAGUAUGGUACAGCGCUAUGGGUUCCAGGAAUAAAGCCAUCGUGGACAUCAAAGACUAUUUGCUUGGCGGAAAGGCGAUGUCCACCUUUCCAGUCGCCAUGUCAUUAAUAGCAAGCUAUGUCUCCGGAGUAACAAUUCUUGGGACCCCGGCAGAGAUCUAUAACUACGGAACGCAAUACUGGCUCGUCAUCGUCGGUGUCACUUUGAGCUGUGUAAUUGUAGCUACUGUGUACCUACCAGUGUUCUGCACUCUGAGGCUGUCAUCGUCAUAUGAGUACUUAGAACUCCGAUUUAACCGUCAUGUUCGAGCUGUAGCUUCAGUUUUGUUCCUUUUGGAUGAGGUAUUGUUCCUGCCAAUGGUUGUGUACGUUCCUGCACUAGCAUUUAAUCAAUUGACCGGUUUCAAUGUUUUUGCUGUGGGUGGUGCUAUGGUUGCAAUAUGUGGCCUAUACACUGUAUUAGGUGGUCUACGUGCGGUGGUAUGGACGGACUCAGUGCAAACUGGUGUGAUGUUUAUAGGCGUUAUGUUGGUGGCAGCGGCGGGAACGCUUGCCGUCGGCGGCGUUGAUUCAGUACUUGGUAUUGCAAGCGAAUCGGGACGCCUUGAACUGUCUAAUUGGAGCUUUUCACCAUAUGAGCGCCAGACUGGAUGGGGUGCGGUGGUAGGAGGAUUUUUGUACUGGACCUGUUUUAACUCCGUCAACCAGACCAUGGUACAGAGAUAUAUCGCUCUACCUUCUAAGAGACAAGCUAUUACAGCACUAGCAAUAUUCUGUAUCGGCGCAAUCCUGGCUAUAUCCCUCUGCGUGUGGUGCGGUUUGACCGCUUGGGCCGCCUGGGUGCUCGGAGGCUGCGACCCAGGUGGUGUGCCUCUAGUAGGGGACCGUCUGCUGCCUGCCUUCGUCACAUACGUAGCUAAAGUACAGCAUCUGCCAGGUCUUUCUGGAGUGUUCCUUGCUGGGGUCUUUGGAGCUGGAUUAAGUUCGCUCUCAGCGGUUUUAAACGCGUGUGCACUGGUGGCCGUUGAGGAUAUAUUGCGUGGAUGGUUGCGCCUUCGCCUGAAGCCCUUGACGGAAGGAAUCAUAGCACGUUCCGUCACAGCUGCCCUAGCCGUGGUCUCUGUAGUUAUGCUUAUCGUUAUUAAGAAGCUUGGAGGCGUCCUUGGUGUAGCAACCGCUUUGUCAGCGAUUGCGGCCAGUGCCACGUGUGGUGUUUUCACCCUCGGCAUGUCGUGUUGGUGGGUAGGACCUUAUGGAGCUAUCGCGGGCGCUAUAGCGGGAGCUCUUCUCGCCGGAACCGUCUCUAUGGGCACACAGACCGCCGCCGCACACGGACUGCGAGCACCGCCGCUCAAUAUGACCAUGGAGUGCGCUUCUAAUGCCAGAUUUUCUUUCAAUAAUACUAUCGACCCUAGCACAGUUUUCCCUCUAUUCCGUCUUUCCUACCACUGGAUCGCACCGCUUGGCCUCAUUGCAACUAUGACCGUCGGCGCAAUCGUUGGAUGGUUCUUUGACAAAAGGGAUGGAACCAAGAUGGAUGCAGAACUAUUCACUCCAGUCGUCUGGAGGCUUUUACCCGCUGAAGCUCAUAACAACUGUGGAAUGAUAAGAAGAAGUAUGAAUACUAAAGAUGUUGACGUACCAACGCCUUGCGCCCCACUUAUACUCGGCCAGAUUCCUGAUAAGAUUGAAAUGAAUGGCGAGACAAGUAGGUGAUAAACCGAUAGUUAAAUAAGCAAACAUUCGAAUACAAUCAAAUAUUUAGCUGUGAGCUGAAAUAUUUAAAACAUAAAAUCGCUAAAGCGAUGUGUACUAAAGUAUUGUGUAAUCAGUAUCUUUUAUGUACUUAAGGUUUACUUUGGAGUGCAAUUUGUAAUACCUAUUAUGUAUUUAUUGCAGGUAUUCGUGUACAUUUUAUGUACAGUAGUUCCAUACAUAUAUGUUAGUUUAGGUUGUAUUAUGUAGGUAUAGUAUAUUCAUUCCUGUAGCAUAGCUUCAUGUGUAAUAGUUUCAUCUGAGUCAAUAACGCCCGAAAUACCAAUAUUAUAAUUAAUGCGAAUUUGUAUGUUGGUUCGUAACCUAUGUUCUUAUAUGUUUAUGUAUUUAUUUAUUUUCUUUAACAUCUUAAA